GAAGUAAAUCGUCGACGGUAGAACUGCACAUGAUUAAACACUGAAGCAGAAGCUAAUUCGGCUGCAUCAGGUAAACACGCAACUUAUGUGAGGAAUCGUAAACAUUAGCUACACUACAACGACGAAAGAGCGAGAAAAUGUUUGCAAGGACCACAGCAAAGUACGUGGAGGGAAAGGACGGUAGUCGUCAACGACUGGAAGCUCUUCGGCUGCAGCCUUAUGUUGUGUUACGCAGAGCAGACAUCAGUGAAGCUAUCCAUCCUAAGCAGCAGGAGCCAGAGCGACUUCACAUUAAAGAGGAAGGUGUGGGCAAAGAGCUCCAUCGCUUCAAUGAACAAAUGGAGCAGAGGUUUCUUUGCACCAUAAAAGAGGAGAAAGAACUGGAGCAGCCUUGUAAUAAAGAGGAGGGAGAGGACUCCUGCGACAUGAAAACAGAGGUAGAAGACACCUAUGACGUCAAAAAGGAGGAGGAGGAGGAUGCCUGCAAGAUGCCUUUCAAGAGUUUAGAAGAGGGUCAACAUGAGGUGAGCAAAGGGGCGGAGCCUCCAAGCUGCAGCUCAAGUCAACAAAUGACCAGAGAAGGUGAUGGAGACCACUGUGGAGGAUCACAAGCAGCUCCACCAUCAGAGAGUCCUGACGUGUCAUCACAUGUUCCUGGUCCUGCUGAGUCUCAAAACAAACAAUGGCAAUGUUCCCAGUGUGGAUUGUUUUAUGCUAAUAGCAAAGGUUUGAAACGACACACAAAGAAGAAGUUUUCCUGCUCACUUUGUGGCCAAAUAUUCUGUCAGAAGAGAACCUUAACAAAGCACUCAAGAACUCACACUGGCGAGAAACGCUUUUCAUGCUCAGAUUGUGGGAAAAGAUUUUCAGCGAAGCAAAGCUUAAAAUACCAUACAAGAACUCACACCGGUGAGAAACCUUUUUCAUGCUCAGUUUGUGGGCAAAGAUUUUCAAUGAAGAAACCCUUAAAAAUUCAUACAAGAAUCCACACUGGUGAGAAACCUUAUUCCUGCUCAGUUUGCGGCCAAGCAUUCUCUGUGAAUGCACAUUUAAAAAUUCAUACAAGAAUCCACACUGGUGAGAAACCUUAUUCCUGCUCAGUUUGCGGCCAAAGAUUCUCUGUGAAUACACAUUUAAAAACCCACAUAAGAAACCACACUGGUGAGAAACCUUUUUCAUGCUCAGAUUGUGGGAAAAGAUUUUCAGCGAAGGAAAGCUUAAAAGUUCAUACAAAAUUUCACACUGGCGAGAAACCUUUUUCAUGCUCAGUUUGUGACAAAAGAUUUUCACGUAAGGGAAGCUUGACAAUUCAUACAACAAUCCACACUGGUGAGAAACUUUUUUCAUGCUCAGAUUGUGGGAAAAGAUUUUCAGCGAAGGAAAGCUUAAAAUUUCAUACAAGAACCCACACUGGUGAGAAACCUUUUUCAUGCUCAGUUUGUGGGCAAAGAUUUUCAGCGAAGAAAACCUUACAAACUCACACAAGAACCCACACUGGUGAGAAACCUUUUUCAUGCUCAGAUUGUGGGAAAAGAUUUUCAGUGAACAUAAGGUUAAAAUUUCAUGCAAGAACUCACACUGGCGAGAAACCUUUUUCAUGCUCAGUUUGUGGCAAAGGAUUUUCACAAAAGGGAAGCUUGACAAUUCAUACAAAAAUCCACACUGGUGAGAAACCUUUUUCAUGCUCAGUUUGUGGCAAAGGAUUUUCACAAAAGGAUCGCUUAGAAGGGCACAAAAGAACCCACACUGGUGAGAAACCUUUUUCAUGCUCGGUUUGUGGCAAAAGAUGUUCACUGAAGUCAAACUUGAAAGUUCAUACAAGAAUCCACACUGGUGAAAAACCUUUUACAUGCUCACUUUGUGGUCAAGCAUUCUCUCACAGGGUAAGCUUAAUCAGGCACACAGGUACCCACACCUAACCCUCAGUCAGUUGCCAAAAAGUCUCUAUUGAGAAUUCCGAGUGUGUUGGGGAGAUGAGCAACGAUCCAUGAAGUUCUCACCUUCUAUUUGAGCAGACUUUUAUGCAUCAAUGAUAAUUCUAUUGUAUGUACCUUUUGAUUGCGAUGCUGAACUCCUUUCUUUUACUACAGUGAGAAGUUCAUGUUUUAACUUUAGAAAUGAAUUUGAAAAUAUAGUUAACCGGCCUCGGCAUGAUCAUAGUUUUGUAUUUUGCAUUAUACUUGAUGUUUAUUUUGUUUUGAGUUGUGAUUUUUUUUAACUGUAAUUGGUUUUAAUUCAUAUUCAGGGCUAGUUGCUUAGUUUUUAUUAGUGUUAAGGGUUUUGUUGUACUUUUCAUGUUCAUGUGGAUCAAUAAAAUGAAAAUUAAAUUCUUUUUAAAUAUGAUCCUAA